AGCCGCGGGCGCCGCGGGGCCGGCCGAAGGUCUGCCUCGCGCGCGCGCGCCCGCCCGCGCGCCCGCUCGCAUGGUGAGCGCCCGCAGGCCGCUCGCCAGGAGCGAGGCGAGCCCGCUGGGCGGCCGCAGCGUCGGCAGGCCCAGCGCCAGGGCCUCCGCGCCGCCGGGGCUCGGCGAGCCCCGCGCCGCGCCCGGCCUCGGGGUGGCCGGGCAGCUGCUGUUGGCGCGGGGCACAGGCUGGGCGGGCUCGGGCGGCGCGCCUGCCAAGGGCUCCGCGGGGGUCUCCUCCGCGGGGCCCCCCGCGGCAGCCCCGAAGAGCUCCGUGGUGGCGGCGCUGCUGGAGGGCGCCGCGGGGCCCCCGCCGGGCGUCGUCGAGCGGCGGGGCUCCGAGGGCGCCGCGGGGCCCCCGCCGGGCGUCGUCGAUCGGCGGGGCUCCCUGAGGGCCCCCGCGGAGCAGACGCCGCCGCAGACUGGGCGAGGCCAGGGGCCUGCGCCGCCGCAGGCGCCCGCUCCCGCGGCGGACCGGGCGCCGACGGAGCCUCGCGCGGGCGGCGCCGCGGUGCGGCCGCUGGCGCAGCCGAAGCCGAAGGCGGCGAGCACGAAGGCGCCGAGCGAGGGCGCCGGGCCCAGGGCGGGAGGCGCCGGGCCGGGGGCGUCGGAGCCCAGCAGCGCGCGCGGCGCCCAGAGGCCCUGCGGGCCCCGCGGCACGCAGCUCGUGCUGGGCAGGUACCGCAUGGACAUGACGGAGGACGGCUUCAUGGGCGAGGGCACCUCGAGCACCUGCCGGAAGGGCGUGGACACACAGACGGAGAAGACGGUGGCGAUCAAGACUUACAAGGCGCGGAAGAAUGACAAGGUGGCGCUGGUCAAGUUCUUGAGACAGAUCGAGGUGCUGCAGGAGCUGAGCCGCCCCUUCGAGACGCCUGCCGACCCCGAGCUGUGGAGCCAGGAGCUGGCUCAGACGAUCCCGGCGCAGGUCUUCAUGCAGCUGCUCGACUACUCGAGGGACGCGCGCGGGCAGCCGGGGCCGGAUACCGCCGACGGCCAGCUGUACGUCGUCACCGAGAUCGCGCAGUACAGCCUGCAGGACUACCUCAAGACCCAGCGGGAAGAGGGCAGGCCCCUGUCGAAGGAGACCAUACGCAGCCUCGUGAGAUCGAUCAUCCUGGUGACGGCCAGCCUGCACGCGAAGGGCCUGGUGCACCUGGAUCUGAAGCCGGAGAAUCUGAUGAUCUUCAACGGCGUUCUCAAGCUGAUAGACGUGGACGGCUGUAUCAAGAUCGGCAGCGCAAUCUCGAUUGACGACGACUCUCUCUCCUUCUCCCCGCUCUACUGCUCCCCCGAGUGGGCGAACUUCCUGAUCGACGGGGAGGAGGUGGAACCCAGCUUGACCGCGUCGCCCGCCUUGGACGUGUGGAGCGUCGGCAUGACGGUGGUCGAGCUCGUUACCCGCGACCCGGUUCUGAAGUUGCAGUACUCGUGUUUCUUCCAGCACGGGCGCGAUCGCGACGAGGCGAGAUUUCUUUUCUUCGACUGGCUCGCCACGUUGCAGAAGCCGCCCGUGCCCCGGCAGAUCCGCGAGCACGACGCCGCGCUCUCGCAGCUGCUGAGCGACAGCCUGCUGGCCUGCGACCCCAAGAAUAGGCGCACCCUGGCGAAGUGCCUCGGGCAUCCCUACCUGGCGGGCCUCGGGACUCACUGCCCGUUGGUGCCAGCCGGUCCAGAGGAGGCCCUGCCGGGUGUGCUGGCGCACCGACGGUUCCGCGAGGAGGACACCUCCGAGCGGCACGUUCUGAAGGGACUUCUCCUGAAGUUGAACAACAAUGGGGAUCCAAAGGAUGCCACACACUGGCGGCAACGUGAUGUAUGGAUGUCCAGCACUGGCGCACUGUGCUACUUCAGCGUCAAGGACAACAAGCGCCUGAAGCUGAUAGACGCGCCGCUGCUUCACGCGGCGACCGUGAGCAGGUUUGUCUGCGGGGACACCGAACACGAGCACGCGUUCCAGAUCUGCACGCCAGACCAGAACUUGGUCUUCGCUGCCGAGUCCGAAGACGAGUGCGCCAAGUGGAUCGAGGCCUGCGAGCGCGUGAAGAACGACGCCAUGCGGACCAUGCGCUUCGGCGGCGGCGUGGCUCAGGAGCUCCGGAAGUACCGGCUCAAGGUGCGGAACCGCCGGAAGCCCGUGGACGAGGAUGCUGCCGAGGGCUACAAGCCCAAGCUCAAGGGUUUCCUCUGGAAGCUCAACUCCGACGGCGACGUCGACGCCGAGCGGGACUGGCUCCGGCGGGAGAUGUGGCUGUCUCAGAACGGCAGCCUGGUGUAUUGGAGCGCCAAGGAGGAGCGGGAGCUUGUCUACUACACGGCCCCCGACGUCGCGACCGCGACGGUUGAGGCUGUGUCGGAGGGCUCCUCCACGUGCCCCCCGGGCUCCUGGCGCUUCCAGGUGCAGCUGGCCCCGUCGGAUCGCGACGCGGACCUGGAGAUGCGGCCCGGAGAGUUUGCCGCGGAGUCCCGCGAGGAGCGGGAGGCUUGGCUGAGGGAGUUCGAGUGCUUCGCCUCUGGCGCGUGAGGGUGUACCUCCGCCAGAGGGCUCUUGCAGCAGGCGCCGUGUCGCCACCUUCGGUUGGCGGGCAUGUUUCUAGCUGCCAGCUGACGACACCUGGAGCAGGUGCUGUCACACCAUCAGCGGAGGAGGGCACUCCCAGACGCUCCACGAUGACUCCAGGACGGCCCAAG